ACCAGCACGCCGGCACGCAGCACAGGAGCACGGGCAGGACGAUUAUAAAGGAACAGCUGUGUGGGCAGGGCGCGGGCAAGGGGGCGCGGUGACACAAGGCUGCUGGGACGGCCUCGAGGGUCCUGCCGCUGGUGUUGUGCUCCUUCGUCUUCUUCUGCUCCUUCUUCUCCUGCUCUCCUUCUUCUGUUCUCCUUCUGCUCUCCUGCUUCUUCUUCUCCUGCUCUCCUUCUCCUGGUUCUUUUACUCUCCUUCUGCUCCUUCUUCUGCUUUCCUUCUGCUCCUUCUGCUCUUCUUCUCCUGCCUCUUCCUCUUCUCGUCAAGCUCACAUUUUCCAACUCCUAAUCACGUCCACGUGUCCCAGAAACUUCAUCUGUCUCUGUCUGAUCUUCUAAUAUACCAGACUAUUCACACAAUUGCCUUAAUAUUCUUAACGACAAUGGUCCAGUAUCCCUCAGACAAAGUACUUUGGCAAUCUUGCCAGAGAGUGAUUUAGCAAACCUUCAACAGUUGCUGUUUGACAAGUGGUGUUUGGUCUUGCCUUUGUCCUUCAAUCAUUACUUUAUGGUGAUAGGUUACUGUCCAUUAGGUUUAGUUUCAGUUAUGUUAGUUUAUAUUAUGUUUAACUGAGUGGCCACAAGUUAUUAUUUUUACAGCUAUUGUUGAGUUGCUUGGGAAAUAACUACCAAAAAGGCAAUUUAUUUGCCAAGCUGCUCAGCAAAUGACUACACAACAUCGACUUUAUUUACAAAGCGCUUCACAUCCUUUUUUGAAAAAGAAAUAUUGAAUUUUGUCAGCAAAUUUGAAAAUCAAUAUUAAUGGGUGACCACCAUGUUAUAUCCAGCACCUCAUGUACAGUUUAGCAGAACUUUCAGAACCAGUUGGGCUAAUUUGCUUAUUUAGUGGUGCUAGGUGACUAGUUUGGUAGGGUUAUCCUAAUUCAUGGUGCAGUGGGGCCAGUUAACCAAUCUAGUCAGGUUAGGUAACAUAUUUGGUCUGGCCAGGUUAGAUUAAGGACUAACAGUUAGUUAAAACUUGGUCGUUAGUUAGGUUACUAAUUUGAAAUUAAAAUAAAGGUUUAAUUAAUUCAAAACAUGAAACAGUAAUAGUGGAGAAUCACUAUACGCCAUACUGUUACUCUCACCAGUGGUGUGAAGUAGGAUUUAGAAAUUUCCAAUGCCAACUUCAGGAAAUUUAAGGUUGCAACUCCAACUCUGACUCUACCCCCUUCCCUGAAAUUGAACAUUUCUAAAAAAACAAAAAAAAACAAAAAAAAAAAACAUUAAAGUAAAAUUCCCACAAAAUCUUCCAACAAAUUGCUUGCUUGAAAUGUUUUCCCACAAGAGCUCCCACAAAAGCAAAUUUCUCCCACAAGUUUGUGAGAAUUUCCCAUUAAGUGGCAACACUGGCCUAGCAUUACACCCAAGUACUUUACACAAGAAUUGAUGACGUAAAGGAGUCGAAGUUAAAGAUAUUUUCACUGACUCCAACUCUGACUCUGACUUCAGCCAAAAGUAGCCAAAUUCUCCAACUUCAACUCACACCCCACAUCCCUGACCCCCACGAGAAUGAUUCUCUUGCCGAUAUAUCUUGUAUUGCUUUACUUCUCUUGUUUUACUGGCCCACCACACUUAUUAUGUUUACAAGUUAUGGUAUGAAAUAACAAAGAGAUUGCCCCUCCACUCCAGUGAACUUAAAACAACUUGAAGUGGGAAGAGCCAAGGAGACCAGGGAAGCUGUGGUCUCAAAGCACACAUUGCACUGAUGCUGUAUCACUGAAAUUAAGCAGUUCUGUGCAAUGUUUUUUGGUCAGUGUGCAACACACCUGCAAGUGUACCUCCCACACUGGACAGUUUUGUCCCUCCUCCUGGCACAUGCUGGAGGCCAUGGAGGGGCAUAUGAGGCCCUUCCACUCAUGAGGCUGCGGUGGGAGGCCACGUGGAGGCCAGGGUCACCCCUCAGCAUGGUCACAUUAUGACCGCACAGACCCUGAAAUCCAUAACCUCACUUGUUUAUACUGCGUUGCCAAACCGUCCAGUUUGCCGCCUUAGUGCCAGAGCCCAGCAUGCCAUGGCGCAGCGCAACCGUCGUCAGAUAUAUGAGACAGCCUUUGAUAGCAAGCCGGCUGCAUGCUACCGGCAGGUGGAGAGGAAGGGGGAGGAGGGGGGGGACCUGAUAGAUCGGAUUGCCAAUCACCCCAUCUUGCAACUGCUGAGUCUCCGUCGCCGGACCUCCCGCUCCUCUACCGCCCCCCCACAUCCCCCGCCCAGCUCCUCCGUCCUCCCCUCCACCUCCUCGGACCCAAAAUUCCAGGUGGGGGUGUUCACUCCCAAAGGUGGCCGACGGGAACGGGGGCGGGGCCGGGGUGGUGUGGCACCCCGCCCCGCCCGCAGCGUGUCCACCCACCACAUCACAGAGCGCCGUGUGCACCCUAUUGCUCUCUCCAAGAGUGAUGAUGAGAUCUUGACACGAGGCUCAGAUUCCCUGGAGGAGGAGGACCGGGUUGAGGACUAUGUGGAGGGACAGACUGCUCGUGAGCUGUCGGCCGCCCUCCAGCCAAAUAGCAUGGUUGGGGACGACUACUUUGCUCACACUGAGAAGAAGACACCUCGCAAGAAAAAGUCUCGGCAUCGGGAAACUCCAGAACUGAGCAAGUCACAAGCCAUUCCUGCCCGGGCCCCACCCCGCCCUUCCCAUCUCAGGAGCCCCCCUGGUACUGCACCACUGCCUCUCAAGUUUAGUAAGAAGCCUGGUGGGGCUGACAAAAGCCCAUCCAGCUGGUUCAGUCCACCUCGCCAGAAGGAUCUCAGCCUCCCCAUUAAAAGGAGUCACAGCAAGGAGCUUACAGGCCUGGGUACAGCUGCCCCACCCAGUCAGAGCCAUGCCAGUCUCAAUGCCUCCAUGGAGGUACUUUUAGACACCUCUUCCCAACGGGAGUUAAAAGGAUGUUUGUUGCCUCCACCUGGCCGCCAGUUUUGUAGUGUAGAGAGUGUUGUUUCCAGCCUGGAAAGUCUGCGAAGCUCAGCCAGUGAAGGAUCUUCUGCGCCCAGCAGUUACAAGAGCUCAUCUUUGGGCAGCGACUCCUCUCUGCUCUCUCGCCCAGCUCUCAACCUCUCCGCCCCUCACCGCUCCUUGAUACAGUCUGCCAAGUUCCAGAUCCUUUCCCCAAUUUCUGACAAGUCCCAGGAGCCCUCUUCUGAGACUGGAGGGGGCUCCCAAAAGGCUUCACCCCAGGACCUGGCUGACAUGCGACUCAGAGCGCCACCUUUGCGCCCUUCUCUUCGCCCUCAGCUACGCCAUGACUUCAGAAACUGCCAUCAUCCACUCCCAGGGCCAGGUGGGGAGGGAGAUGUGCAGGGCUCAGACAGUGGGAUCAGCAUCGAGUACGGGCACCAUCACGGGGGCAGCGUGCAAGGGGUACCAUACGGGGACCUUCCAUUUGACAUGCCCAAGCUGAGGCGUCGAUUGGCAGCAGCAGCGGCCCGGGGAGGGGGUGGCAAGACCUCCCUCUCGUCUAGCACCUCGUCUAUUUCUUCUGGGGCCAACAGCGAGGCUCCGCACCAGCCCCCGACUCGCCUCACCCACCCCUCCAUUUCUAGGUUACAGGGAUGUGAGGGUCGCAGUGGCACGUCGUCUUCUACGUCCAGUGACUGGGACACGCGCUCCCGCUCCUCAGCAGACUCAAGUGAUGAGCAAGGCACGCCCAAACUCCAGCGAGAGGGUAGCCUUAGCAGGGGUCAGAAGGAGGGCCUGGCACUGGACCUGGGCUGUGCUGCUCUUGCUAUCAGGGGCCAGAAAGUGGAUGUUAAGUUGCCUCUUCUCAAGCAAGGGUGGUACCACGGGGCACUCAGCCGCACUGAAGCAGAAGCCACCUUGAGACAUUGUGCUGAGGGCAGCUACCUAGUGCGUUCCCUCCACCUGGCUCGCCACCAGUACUCCCUUGCCCUCAAGUCAGCGAGAGGGUUCAUGCAUCUCAAGAUCCAGUUUGACCACAAGACCGGCCAACACAUGCUGGGGCGCGGCACAGCCCAGUUCCCCUCCGUGCCACUCAUGGUGCAGCACUACAGCAUCUUCCGCCUGCCUAUCAAGGGGGCGGAACACAUGGUGCUGCUCUACCCGGUGAUACACGAGACCCUCUAGUGUGUGUGGGUGUGGGUGUGAGUGUGAGAGUGUGUGUGUGUGUGUGUGUGUGUGUGUGUGUGUGUGUGUGUGUGGGUGAGUGUGUAUUGCAUGCAUGUUUGUUCAUGUACAUAACAUACCAAAGACCAUUAAGUAUAGUUGAGUGACAAGUAUGUUCACCACCUCGUCUGUAUGUGGCACUAGGCAUGCCAUGGCCAAGGUCAUUGUACUGUUUUGUUCAGAGGCUCAAUGGUAGUGCCUCAGGAUCUUGGGGGUACUGGGAGGGUCACUCAGUCACCUGAGGCUUUGUGGUAUUAGUCAGGGUCAUGUUCAAGUACUAAAGUUGGUACUUAUGGAUAGGAUUGAUAUUACUUUGGUCCUCUUGGUACCUCAAUAAGCGUUGGGGUUCAGUCUUGGAGCUUCAAGGUACCAAAUUCAGGGUCAUGGUGCCAUAAUUUAGGUGGCUCAUCAUAUAUAAGAUAUCGUGCCAAGGUCCAUGGGUUGUGGUGUCUUGCAUUGCUGCACCAUGGUCAUGGAUGAGGAGGUGUGUGGUGCUGCUUCUCAGUGCCCUGCUUCAAGGCUUCCUUGCUCUCUCUUCAGGUUAUUGGGAAAGUAUUUGAUUACACUGAUGUGCAGGGAAUGGUUCAUGCAGUAGCAGGGACAGGAGUGAAUAACUAAGAGAAGCUGUAGUGAGGACUAUUGAAAUAGGAUGGAUGGUGCAAAGUUUAAAGUGUAGCAGAGAUGUUAAGGGGUAAACUUAAAAUUACAUUAAAAAGUGAUCAGCAUAUAGUUAAUACUCAAAGAACAAGAGUUGAACUCUAGUUAAUAAAAAGAAGCAGGAAAGUAUUGUGCCAAAGCAAUUUCACAACUUUCAGUGCCAAAAUUAGGUCAUUAAGUAGACAAGACAAUGCCAAAUAUGUUCAUUCAACAUAGAGUAUUAAGGGCUCCCAUGCAGGAAGUUAGUGCCAAAGCUGAGGUAACUCAAGAAGUUCAGAGUAUAAAGACUUACACAGCUCAGAAUGGGAGGAUGAGAGCAUCAGCAGUACACAGGUGGUCUGACAGUCUAGAGUGUGACACUCGACUAUGGACAGUAAAAGGUCAAUCUUGUAUUACUUCAUUGUGCCAAGGUCCAAAGGGCAGUCUCUUCAACAUUCCAUAUUAUAUUUGUUCAUAUAAUCAUUUUAUGGUUUUGCAAAAUACUUGAGUUCAAGAAUUCCAGUUUGGUAUUUUCAAAUCUAAUUUGGGUUUUUGGAUCAGUGUUUUCAUUGCCAAUAAUUUUUUUCUUUCAUUAUAAAUAUUGCCAUAAACUACUAGAUGAGCCAUCCAAGGUUGACCUUGAGCUUCCAGUACAUUUCUAUAGCCCUGUUUAAACCAGUAGAUCUUCCUCUUAGCUUUCAGAGCUUUCUAAAAAUUCUAGAUAUUUCAAAGCCAUGAGUAAACCAUCCAUGUGAACUUUGAGCUUCCAGAUCUAUUUAGGACCAUAUUUUUAACCCUAGUAUUUACCCCAUAUCGUAUUUUUUUCUGAUAGCAUUAAUUUUAAACUUUGAAUUUACAUUCCUGUAAUUUAGUGCCCAAAGUUUGUUUUGGCUUAAUAGCUGAUCUUGGAGUUCUGGAGUAUUUUAUAGUAAAAUUUCCAUUCAUUCAAAAAUAACAAAAAAGGUAUGAGGCAGUUUUAGUGAAAGUACUUUGUAGGUUGGAGACAAUAAUUGUAAAAUAAAUCACUGGUUUGUUGAAAAUGGAGCUGGGAAUCUAAUGACCAAUGACAUUCCAUAGCAUUAAAGGCUUUUAAACUUUUCAUGUCGACAAAUUACCACUGACAGUAACUUGCUCUCAGAUUGUUACAGUGCUUUCUGGCCUCUUAUAAAAGAAUCCCUCAUGACUUACACAGUGUGGUGGUGUCACUAAUUGGAUGAUUAUGUGAAUGGAAGUUUUACUAUAUCUUUAGAAUAACAUGCAUUGUAAUAAAUCAAGUAAUGUAUAUUUGGAGCACUAGAAAUUUUCAUAGAAAGUUGUGCUGGACAUUUUUAGCUCCAAAAACUUUAGUUUUCUGAACAUCAUAGCUUUAGAUUUUCCCCAAACAAUUUUUGAGCUUCCAAUACUUCUAUAGAAAUAGAGCCCACCAGAACCAUAUAUAGAUUGAAAGAUUUUUUGUAGAGCAACCCAGCUAUAUAUAAUGUGACAAAAACGUGUAGUUGACAUAUUAUGGAAAUAGCCGAUGCUUUCUGAUAUUCAGACUAAAAGAAAAGCAUGUAGAACACACACACACACACACACACACACACACACACACACACACACACACAGCAGGAAAAGUUCCCAGCUGAUGUUUACCUGUUGUGAUUAGAGUGAAUAGUACGUGAGUGGUGGUCCUGUUUAAUAUUACCAAGGAAAUGCAAAAUAAGUUGGCCAAAAGAGCAAGUAUACACAUCUCCAAUGUUUUCAUUGGAAAUGGCAAAUGGAAGCUGCUGAUCAAAAGCAUUUUCAUCUUAUGAAAAUGAAUUUCCAGGGUUUACUAAAGAAUACGAGUAUAUUUGGUAGCAUACUACAAAAUACAGCAAUGAAUAAUGAUUCAGUGACACCCCAGCGAGGUUAGAAUUAUUGCUGCCCAAAGAGUUAGAGACAUGAGUGAGGAGUUGCAAUACCUGUGUCCCAGAGCAAACAGCAGUCAUGUGGUGACUGAAUUCCAAACAGUAAGAGGGAGUAUGGUGCCAAAGGAUGAGUUCCACAGGCACAGAAAAUACAACUUAAGGAAAGGAAACUUAAUAGGAUUAAGAAAUUUUUUGAAGAAGUAAAUUGUAAGGAAUUCAAAGAAACAAGAGAAGUGGGAUAUCUACCUUAACCUUUGCAACUUGGGAGUAGGAAACCUUGUGACAAAAGUAAGCAGAAGAAAUAAUUGAUAGAGAAGAUCUGUUUUUGUAGGAAAGGGGGUCAACCAAGGAGACACUGGAAGAUGUUGAAAAAGACAAAAUGAUUGAAGGAUAUCAAGGAAUACAAUUUUCCACGUUGAUGCAUCAAACUGUGGAGUUGCUUGGACACUGAGAUUGCAGGUAAAAAAAAUAAA